AUGACCUUCCUCGAGGAGUGCGAGAUCGACUACACGGAGGAGAUGAUCCGAGCCUCCUUCUCUGUGGUGAAAAACAAGCUUGCAGAUUCGAAAUGUGGCUGCGGCAGCUCGUUCAGCCACCUGCCCUUAGACGGCCGUGUCGUCGCUAUUGCUGCCAUUGACCUGCUAUCGUGUCUAUGGCCGUUGCUGAUGUUGUUUGUUGGUGCGAUGGGUGCUACUGCGUUUGUGUUGUUCUCCUCAGCCGUUGUUAUUGGAGGGGGUCCGAGGUUAUGCUGGGUGCUUUCAGGAUUCCCAAUGAUUCUCGCAUCUCCGCUCAGUCAAGAUUUAGCAAGUCGGGGGUGGUUUGGAAGUCAUUGCUUGGAGGGUUUCUAUGCGGGGGUUUCAUCUCCUUUUUUGCAUGCUCUGUGGAAUUGA